ACCGCAUUGCCUUGCUCAUUGCAGUGCAACUGAUCUGCUUCCUGCGAGAGCCGAUUCGGCCAGAUGACCGCAUGUGUGCUGCUCCAACAUGCCAAGCCCUUUCAAGGCAACUGUGCUCUUCCCACUCUCACUGGUAGCCCUCUUGUCCCUGCCGAUUCUUUUGACGAGAGGGGCAUGUGCUGCUGCUAAUCCUCUGGACCCUGUGGGAAACUCCUAUGUCCCAUCUCUGCAAAGCAAUAAAGACACCACUGUGAGUUUCCAAGUUCCAUACUGGAAAUGCGAUGAUGGGAGUGAUCUCGAAUUGGUAAGAUCAUUUUACCUGUGAUAUAUUCUCAUGCUCCGCCUGACGGAGUUGCUAGUCUUUCGAACUUAAUAUCCGCGGAGCGAGCCAGACUUGCGCAGGCUGGGGCAUGUUCCUCAAUGGGGUGGAGUUGUCCUACGAUGGGAAAGGACCCUUUGCUUCGGGAUCUGAUACAAUCUAUUCAUACCUAGAUGGCACUGAAUUGAGGGUCAAUUGGCAAAAUACCUGCGUAUCUGCUCCCCCGGAUGCUUCACACGAGCGCGCAGCUCAGAUCCUAACUGUCAAUAUUAAUCGCGUUGGCGAAGUACCUACCGAGGAUGAUUUUGGCUUUACCUUGUCCUUUACUCGACUCAGGAGACCAGAAAUACUCCGGUUUAGCAAGACCCCUAUAAAUCUAUCUGACGAUGAUUUGGAUAUUGAUUGUUGGCUGAAACCGGGGGACACUGAUCGCUUAGAGAACUGGCCUGUGACAGGUAUCAUAGAAAACGGUCCACCCCUGGAGAAAACUGAAUUCCGCGGAAAAGGACUUCAGGGGUUGGGAGCUCAAGUUCUUGACUUACACCGCCAGACAGCUGGGAAGGAACACCAAAUUCACAUCCCACUGCAGCAUAGCUCUCCACGUGAGGACGAGCAAGCUAAUCCAUUGAAAUCCUUUGCCCGGAGAGCAGAGGCCUCAAUGGAAGAGGAUUCGCAUACUGAAUCGACGUGGGAUGAUCGCUUCAAGGAUCAUGCGGUCCCUCCUCCACGUAUGGGGAUCACUUUAUCAAACGAAGUCAAAGCGUUCUUCAGAAAUGGUGCUGUCAUCCUCCUCAUCGUUGCUAUAGGAGCUCUUUUGUUCAGGAUCUUUCGCAACACUACCCAGUGCCAGCGACGGCGAGCAGAGCUAGCCACCAAGCGUGAAGAAAGAAGGAAACGGCGCGCCUACAAAUUUGCUGCACGCCGUCUCAGGUGGAAACGAUGGUGGGAAGGGCGUUCCCGCCAUGAAUCUAGAUCUAAUGGCUCUGCCUACGAUCUCGAGGAACUAGGAUAUGCGGAACAGCCCCGACAGCCUGAUACGGAAUCCGAUGGGAACUCUGAGCAGGAGACUAUGCCAUCUGAGAUUCCUGAGAUACUGGGCUUGAGACGAGCACUUGAGUUUGUGGGCGAGCUUGUUCGGAACGGGGAUUGUGGUGCAGAGAGAUCUCCCGGUUCUCAAAGAUAUCCUCUUCCCACUCGAGAUGCAUCAGCACACUCUGCGCCAUCAUCGGUGGUAGGACUUACGACAGUAUACUCAUCAAGAGCCAGCAGUUUAAGCAGCCUUGACACGACCUCUUCCCUUACACUGGAUACGUUGGAAACUGCAGAAACUCAACCACCUCCACCUUACCAGGCUUAA